AUGGCGAAAGCUUCCCAUACAUUGCAAAAAGGUUCUGUCGUCCUGCACACCGCCAAAGCCCAUAACCUGAAAGGUCAACUGCCAGAAGGUAGCAUGGAAUCUUUGGCAACAACCAUUCGUUUCGUCACGCUGAACUGCCGAACACUAUCGAGUGAACUCCAACAAGCCGCUCUAUCCAGACCUCUGCGAUAUUUCUGUGUGCCUUCUGCUGCACUGCAGGAAACACGCAUGAGGGAUCGGCCCGUCAUCAGCAUCGAAAAUUACACCAUAUACUGCGGCGAUGCUGAUGAGAACAAAGAAGGUGGCUGCGCGAUAGCUGUGAGGAACGACUGCGGGAUCGCAGAGAACGUAAACUCUGGAUCAUAA